AUGACGCUCGAUAUAAAAUCCGAAGGACAAAAAAAUGGUGCGGCAAAUGGUGGUACGGCAUCGGCAAACGAUUGCGCAUGCGCAGGUUGCGGUAAAAAAAUAACAGAUAGAUUUUUCUUAAAAGCAUGCGAACUUUUCUGGCACGAAGAUUGUUUGAAAUGCGGAUGUUGCGAUUGCAGACUCGGUGAAGUCGGUUCGACAUUAUACACAAAAGCUAAUCUCAUUCUUUGCAAGAGAGAUUACCUGAGACUAUUUGGCAACACCGGAUAUUGUUCGGCCUGCAACAAAGUCAUACCUGCAUUCGAAAUGGUCAUGAGAGCCAAACACAACGUUUACCAUUUAGAAUGUUUCGCUUGUCAGCAAUGCAAUCACAGGUUUUGCGUCGGUGAUAGAUUUUAUCUAUGCGAAAAUAAAAUCCUUUGCGAAUACGAUUACGAAGAAAGAUUGGUUUUUGCUAAUAUGGCAUAUAAUCCGCCAUCUAUAGCUGCCAUCAAGAGGCAUCUACCGCCGCCGGUAAGGGCUCCAAGAGUACGUUUUUCUUUUUUUUUUUUUUUUUCUUUUCUUUUCAUUUCGGAAAAUCAUCCGAUGAAAAUUUUAAUCCGUGAAAAUUUUUCGAAACUUUUCCCAGAUAAAUUUAAAAAAAAAAAAAAAAAAAAACCGGAAAAAUUUUUUUAA